AUGAGAGAGGCUGCAGGAUGGGGCAAUGUGGGCAAUGAGAGGAGCCAAGAGGCAGGCAGUGAUCGGCUGUGGAGAGGGAGGAUUCGGGAAAUUGUGCUGCUCUUUGAAAGAUGUGUGAGGAUUCACCAGGAAGAUGAGGACAGUGUAAAUGAUAAUGCUCAGACACAUGGUGCCGCUUGGCUCCCGGGAGGCUCCGGCAUCCACGCUUUUCUUGGCCUGGCGCCCCGGGUCCGGCUUUCUCCCUCCAGAUGGCAGGCUGGAGAAUCCUCGAAGAGGAUUGCUGCGGACGCGGGGACCCAGAUGCGGACGCUCAGGUCACAGGCGGUCGGUCCCUCGGACGCUCGCGGGGCCACCACUCACCGCUUGCUCUCCCGUCUGGGACCUCGUGGUCCAACCAUGGAAGAGACGGGGCGCGCACAGGAGUGCCUCCAGGGAACCCUCGAAGGGACGCCGAGGGUGGUCGACGUCAUCGACCCCUUGCUACCGAAGAGGGACCAAGUGGACUCCCAAGGUCAAGUUGCCUCCGUGCUGCUGGGAGCCGAGUGCAGAGCAAGGUCGGGCCAGAUUGCGUGA